AUCCUCUUCGCUCUGUUGCCUGAUUUCGUGUUGGCCUAUGCGAUCCACUUACUCGCUCAUGAUCCAGACUGGGAGGAUCCGGACGAUGUGGCUCGACUCAAUGUUGUCAAGUCCGCUCUCUGGUUCAUCAUGGAACCGAUCAUGGCUGGUGGAAAUAACUACACGCUCUUGAGGCAGCUCUUGGAACAAAUCAAACACUCUCAGGACGCCCUCAGACCCGGCGAUGAGUCAAUUAACACGAAAAUCUAUAUGGCCUGUGACAUCGCCCUCGGUCUUCUCCUAACUCGCAGCAGUAACAUAGUCUGGCGAGUUUGCGAGUUCGAAAUCAAGCUCCCUCGUAGUCUCUUCCAUCGUGCGCCCUCCUCUUUCUCUAACCCGGAUUUCGCCCAAAUCUGUCCCUCUGCAGCCAGAGGAGGAGGAGGUGACGGCUCCGGCAAAACUCCCCCUCCUCUCAUCACCUUCACCCCAACCAAGAACUCCAAGGCUGUCAAGGACGGUCUGAUUCCACCUCAACUGUUGAAAGUAAAAAAUCCUGCUUCUUCAACCGCGAAGUCGCGGCAAAAGCGACGUCAACAACAGAUGGAGGAAUCUGUGGAGGAGUCCUCGGAAGUGGUUGUCACUGAGGAUGAAGAGAAGGUGGAAGAGAAUGUGGAGACGGUUGAAGAGGCACGGGAGGAAAGUGACAAAGUGGCUAAUGGUACCAAUAAUUCUUAUGAUGUUGACCUGGAUAAAAGUGAUACUGAUGCAAAGGCUCCUGCUAAAGGGGAUAAGUCGAGUAAGAAGCGAAAAAAUGAAGACGAGAGCUCCAAAUCUAAACCCAGUUCCAAACGAGCGAAGCCCGAUGAUGAAGAAAAGUCUGAGAAAGUAAGGCCUUCGAAGACGGACGUCACAUCUCCGAAACUGGCCAAGAGCAACACCUCGCGACCAAAUCUUCGUUUUCGACCAUUAACACGCGAAGAUGAUGUCAGUGUUAGUGACAAUGUUAACGAUGCCAGUUAUUCUGAUACCGGUCAUACUGCUGAUUUGGAUUCUGAAAUCACAUCUCUCGAAAAUUGCCAUAUUGGUAAUCAGGAAAAUGAAAGGGAAUCUACGUCAAAUGCGGAAAUAAUUCGCCGACUUCUACGACCUGUCAAAGAGAAGCAUUCAUCGAAAGAAGCUGAAGAGAUUCGCAUUACUCAGUUAUACAAGCAUGCUCUGCAAAUGUCAUCAGAAUCUGAAAGUUCGCUUGAUGCUAUUCCACUGCUUGAGAGCAUUGUUCACAGUUUCCUUUUCAGAGCGUCUUCGGGUGCUCCACCACAUCUGAAAACAAUAAACUUUGCCAGCUGCAGGCUUCUCGCUACGCUUUAUUUAAAAUCCAACAAACCUGAAACCGCUUUCAAAUUGCUUAAAACUGCCGUUGAGCUGGAUCCGACAGAUCUUGGUGUCUGGAUAAAGUUGGCCACCACUUCUAUCACCCUGAACAAGUUCGAAGAUGCUGACAAAGCUCUCUUCCACAUUCUUCAAGAGCAGCCCUCUCAUCCGGUUGCACUUUACUGGGCACAAAUCUUCUAUUUCGGUGUCUGCGAGCUGCUUGUAUGUCUAAAGUAUUCCAUACGUAGUCUCCUCAUUAAUCCUCGAGACCAAAUGGCCGUUUAUCUGAUUAAACAAGUUCUAUCAAUCGAAUCCUGCUGUGAUCAUCUCAUGCAAGAUCUUUACAAAGAGCUACCCACCGUCUUAGAGGAUGUUGAAGUUCCGGAUGCCGUCAAAGAACACGUUGAUGAACGCUGGAAAAAGAUUCGCGCUGCGCAUAGGGCGAUGAUUGAUGAGCAGAAUAAGCAGUAUAUAUUGAAAACCUUCAAGUUUCCCGGUCCUUUGUACAAACUAACGUGGGAACACUUGGCUAAUGCUGUAGUCAGCAUGUUCGACAAACUUAUGAAGGAAGACUUGGUCGAAGCCGGUUUAGAUUUGGGUUCUCUUUUCGAGGAUGGUGAAAUCCCUCCAAAAGAACCACAAGUUGUGGAGCCCAUGGAAACAGCCCUUUCGCCAGCUCAGUUGUCUCAAGAAGAGUUCCCUGCAUCUGCAUCGAUCGUUGAUCUUGAGAUGGAUGCUCAAUCACCUGAUGCGAAUGCUACUGAAUAUGGCCCCUCGCCCACAAACACGAAUUCUCAGCCAAAUUCACAACGUCUCCGUCGACCAGCCGUGCCUUUCGACGAAUCAUCUGCACACGCAGGUCCUAGCGGAUCCCAUUCUCAGACGGCCACCCCUGUAAACCUCACCGGUCCCGCCACUGCUGUCCCGGCCUUAAAGUCCCCAACCGGUGCAAACGCCGCCGCUGCAGAGGCUCAACGAAUUAGAAAUCUUUGGAUGAGGAUUGCAAAACGCUUUCAUAACCUUCUACCCGUUUGUUUCGAGGACCUUGCUGCAAUAUCGAGUACAAAGACUCCUAACGGUGGUGGUGGUGGUGAAGAGAAAUCACUGGCCACAAGAGAACCCCAAAUUGACGAGGACGAGGAGGCUACAACUGCAGCAAUCGAAGCCGGACCUACCGAAGCGGAUUUGGUCACUGAAUUUCUGCGCAUUCUUAGUGUUGAGGCAACGAACGCGAUUUUUAUGGGAAUUCCUUUGCUCCUUCAGAUGACAGAAAGGGUUAAAGUCUGGACUCAGUCUUAUUCAACGGCAUAUCUUGCCCUGAGUGCCCGGAUUCGUUCUACACUUCCAGUUUGGGAAUGUAGGGAUGUGCCCGAAGUUGAACACCCCUAUCCCCCCACCGAAGAACUACUUAUCCCCACCGGUUUAAUUCGUCUACGCCGUCGACCAACGAUAUGGCAGAUAGCCAAUCUUCACUUCUCCUACAUUGAAUCGCGUCUAGAUGCUCUAGUCCUCUGUCGGAAAGCUGAAGAUUCAGCUAAGCGUCACCUGGCCUCGUUGAAUGGUUCUGGUGUUGAGGACACCGACCUGAAAGCUCUCUCAGAAGCCCUACAAGCCGACUCGAAACCGUAUUGGGAGCCUGAUGAGACAAUUCAUUAUCAUGAUGAGUGCAAAAUGCUUCGAGCACUUCGAAGUCUUCCUGAAGAUUCGCCUGAAACUACCGUCUUUGAAGGAAGAUUGUUGUGGAUAAAGUAUGAAUGGAGUUCGGUUGUGCACAACUAUGAUGCGAUGAAGGAUUACCUGCUUCAAGCCAAGGAAUUCAUAACUAAGAAUGGUCCACUUCGGCGUGUAUGCUCCUUCAGAAAUAGUUACAUAACUCUCGAACGAAUUGACGAACUCUUGGCCGAAGUGGAGGAUGUUUCAAUCGGAGCUCGGCUGGAACAUUUGUGCAAGUCGCAGCAGGAUACCACAAAAUUGAUAAAGGCUCUUAAGGAUUGCAUUCAGUCGCAUUCCAACUUCCUUCAAAAUAAAUCCAAAGUUAUUUCUUCAAUGUCCCCCUCUGCUCGAUUGGAAAGCCUCCCUCGUAUCUGCCAUAUGUUUUUCCAACCCCUUCGAACUCUCAGCAGACGUCUCACAGACGCCUACAAUGACUACUCAAGUGAUGAAGAAGAUGAAGUAGUCACAAAGUCGGCUCUAGAUGGGGUCAUUGUUCUCGCUAUUCGAAGUUGGCGCAUUGGAACCCGUUUUCUUGAUCUCGUGUCGACGAUCAUUGGUGGGUGGGAUGAGGUGGGCGGUGACUUUUCGAACUUGCUCUCCAAAGAAGAGGUCGCUGAUGUUUUGGAAGCUUGGAAAAGUGUUACAGUUGCGCUUGACCUACUCCGAAUUUCCUGGGAAGUUAUAAUCAAUGAAAUGGACUAUGGAGCAACGACGAAGGUCUUCAAUAAGAAGCUCACUCUGGAGUCCCUCUGCACGAGAGUCCUCUUCACCUUCAAACCCCCUCUCAAGGAGGGUGAAGAGUCCAAACCCACAGCACUACACAACAUGAGCUUUGGGGAAAUUUGUCAAGGUCUUUGCCUCACUGUGAAUAUCUACGCCUGGCGUCUGUACGCAACCGGUGCUCUGGGUCUUCCACCACCCAACAUUUAUCUGGAUUUCACUUUCUUUCCCUCCGAACUGCUUGAUGCGCUAGAGCUGGGCUUUCCUCUGCACCUACUUCACUCGGAUUUGGCCAUCUACCGUUCACUCUAUCUAUUGGGCGACGAGGCUACUGAGAAAAGAGGUCGAGCCGCAGCUCCUCCAAGUCGCUAUUGUUUACAUCUCUUCCAUGACCUUAUUCCUCUCAUCAAUACAAAUGCGCGUUGUAUCUCCCCUGGCAGCAAUCCCCUUGGCUUGACCUACCUUCGAUGCAUCGGAGUCACGGUUGCGGAGACUCUCAAGAAGCUCUCCGAGGGCUUUUACCACUUCUGUAAAGCUGCUCCUGACGUCCUCAACUCCUUAUCCACAAGACUUCCCACUGCCUCCUUCCCCGACAACAUUUCUAAUUCGGAGGUUGCUUGGCCACAGGGGGCGAAACGUCUCGGUGAUAUUCUAGCUCAGAUUAUCCAUUGUCUAUGUGGAAUUUCCACGAAAAAUAAACAGCAAAUCGGGCUGAUUUCUUCGGAUACUACGGAUUCCUUAUCGAUUUCCUGUGGCUCCUACGAUACUUCUAUUCUCUACGACGGCACACGGUUUAAACCGAGUGCCAAACCACCAGAAUAUGAAAUUGAGGCGGAGAGCGGAGGAGAAGAGGAGGAUUUAACAUUCAAACCGUAUGAGCCUGAACUACCAGAGCGACCGCCGUCAUGUCUUGCCCCAAGACCCCCGCUUUGGACGAAAGAUGCCGCACUAUUUUACGAGGUUGUUGAAUCACAUCGUCCAGUUGGUUUCGACCUCACAAAUCCUCCAGCUAACGCUAAAGUUGGAUGCUGGUGGCUUGGUGCCAAGCCUUCUGAUAAGAUGGCCAUCUGGCUGAUGGAAGCGGUUAAGCUGUUGCCUCCGGCUUACAAGGAAUUCUUCAUCCCAGAGGAGGAAAUUGAAGACUGCUUGUCGCGUGAUAGGCCCCUACCCAUUCAAAAGUACUACCUUAGUGAUAUGAUUAACCUGAUGUACUACCUUAUUGCUGACUACCACAUGAAAACGUUCAAGAACACAAAUUACGAAAAUUUCCAAAUUGCCAAAGAAAUCUAUAAGAACGAUCUUCGCGUUUCUCCUAACCGGAUCAACACUUGGGCUAGUCUGGCUCUUAUCUACAGUUAUGACAUCGAGCAAAUUCUCAAUAUUACCGAUCCUAGAACGGAGCGAGUGUCUUCGCAAAGUGUGACCACCUGUUUCAGAUGCUUCCAGGUGACUCUCGAGCUUGAACCAAAUUAUCGUUGUAUCCUCCUCGAACAAGGCACCUCGGCCUAUCAGUUGCAUUCCUACGCUUCUCGUAUCCUCAAGAAGUCCUUAACUCGAGGCUUCAAGAGAUCACAUCUGCAUCUAGCUUCAAAGUGGUAUCGAAAGAAGCUCUUCCUUUCCCAUAAUACCUUCCUUCAAUCACUGAAUUUGGAUCGACGGCUUUCUGAUAAGUCAAAUAGUUCCUUGAUCACUGAGACACCUGCAAAGUCGGCGGAAUCUGGUAAACCCUCAACUAAGUCCGAUUCAUCUCCCUCAUUGGAGAUUGUGUCUGUGAAUGGGGUUCCAGAAUCUACUCCUGUGGCGAAAUCCUCUGACAGUGAGGAAGUGCCUGAGACUAGAACCGGGAAGUUGGGUAAUAGUGGAGCUGGUGAAAUUGAUUUUGAGGAGCAGUGGCUUCCGCACUAUAUGCUUGCAAAAUGCGAAGAGAAGGCGGGUCCUGGGGUGUUGUUCCACGAUUUCAGUCAGCCUGGUGGAAAACGAAUUAAGAACGAGAAUGAGAGCCGUGGCGAUUGGAUACUUCGUGUGGUUACCGGUUACAAGCGAACCGCUGAGAUAUUGCAUGCAAAUGGCGCAAAGUACCCCAAGCGCAUCAAUUACAAUAAGCUGCAAACCUUGGCAGUCGAGUCCAUUGAACUCUACUACCGCAUUCAUGCCUUCUUGCUGAAGGAAGUGCUCAAAGCUGGUGAACCCCAACCCUCCUCCGAUCUCCCCUUAAGGCAAAUUUGUGAAGUCCUCUACGAUCUCACUCAAUCUCCCUUCAUUACCGAACCCGCCAAAUUUUCGGCAAAGGGACGAGGGAAGAAACGGCAAAUGACUUUUCCCGAGCCUUCUACAAAGGUACCUCGAUUGGAAGGACCUGGAACUUCAACUCCAGUCAUUGAUGUUGACAGCCUUGAUUUUUCCUUUGAGUCAAAAUCUGUCGAACAGCUUCAACCGCCUGAAGUACCGUUAAUUGAAACUCCGGCUAAACCAGACUUUUCCACACUCUCGGAUUUAGAAUUGUGGAGAAGUGCCAUUGAAUACUGUAAGAACGCUAUGGAGGUGGUUCUUCAAAGACUCCCGUUGCACUACAAAGCCAUGUAUCGCUUGGCUCAUCUCUACUUUACCGCCCCUGGGGAUUUGCAGGAUUUGGACAAGGCUAUGGCUAUAAUGAUGGGACCCUUCGAUCAUGUGGCUAAGAUUGAGUAUGGCGGUUUAUUCAAGGAUCGAAAACAAAGCAACUUCUUCCACGGCGUUUGGCGGAUCCCAACUGCUGACAUCGAUCGAAGUGGAAACUUUGCGGCACACAUGUAUCGAUCGACUUACCUCGUUUUAGACAUUCUUAGGAGUCGCGGUGAUUGGACUCGUAUGCUUCAAGUCUUUCAUCAACUUCGUAAACAGCCCUCUGAAGAUAAACGCGGUUUCCUGGGGGAAUGCGAUCGAGUUUUUCUUGCUCGUCGGGCACUCAAUCUCAUUCAUCCCAGUCUCUGUCUCUUCCUAAACAAGCAGUCCAAUCGAUCGCAGGAAGAAAGUGACGUGACAAUGGAGACAUUGAAGCAGAUUUAUCGCCUGCAUACCUGGCCAAUUGCUUCAAAUCCUGCAUCCAGGGGGGCUGGAGGAUCGGGAGUGCAGAUUCAUUCACCUCUCAAUGCACUCUCACCGUCAUCCUCGCCCACAGCAGCGGACAAAUCGCCUCAAUCUCUCGCAGAUCUCUUAGUCAAAGCAUAUAGGCUGUGCCCAACAGCUUGGGAGGCAUCUGGGCCGGAUCUCUCAGCGGAUCUCAUCCUGAAACGUUGUGCGGAACUCUCCAGUGGCUCGUCCUCUUUCUCGAUCUCAAAGUCGAGCUCUUCGACAUCUUCCUCAAGCAUCCAAAAUACCAACUAA